CCGGGAUUAAGAAUGCUGCUCAGUCGUGAGGGGUUUCUCUGAUUGCGGCAUGGAGCAGCCCCAGUCUAGACUGCGUGCGCAUCACCCAUCCUCGCAUCAGCAUCCCGCAGUUAGGGUUUCUCGUGGGUACUCGCCCGAACUCAGAGCUUCGAAUGACGGCACCACACCCCAUCUCCAACCGGAUUUUCGCAGAUAUACCUUCAGUUAAGCCAAUGGGACGCACAGGAGUGGAAUGAACGUCCUGAUCUGGUGGUACUCGGAAUCGAGACUACUGCAGAGGCCUCUGCAUGGCCAACGCAGAAACUAACGCAGAAUACUCACGUAAUUGGUAGAGCCUGCAAUGGACGAACCCAAACAGGAACAACUACCUUAUUGCGUAGUUUAUCGUGGGAUGUGACGGAGCUGUCAGGCUAUAUAGCUCUGUCAACCCCUUCCCUUGGCCAUUGUGAAAGGAUCCAUCCACUCUACUUUACUGCUGUACCUGUACCAUUGACUGCAGAUACCAACCUCAACAUGGCCGAACGUUACUAUACUCUGGCAGAAGGCUGCCCUUUUGCUAGCAACAGUUCCACCGUUCAACUGCGGAACGGCUCUGGUGGUGGGCUUUCUUUGCUCCAAGAUACACAACUCAUUGAGACUCUCGCCCAUUUCUCUCGUGAGAGAAUCCCUGAGCGUGUGGUCCAUGCCAAGGCAGUGGGCGCAUAUGGAGAGUUCGAAGCCACCAGCGAUUGCUCCGAUAUUACUUCCGCUAGCUUUUUGAGCAAGGCUGGCAAGAAGUCUCCCGUCCUCCUUCGCGUGUCUACAGUUGGACCUGAAGCCGGUUCGGCUGACACUACUCGUGAUGUUCACGGAUGGGCCAUGAAGAUGUACACGGAUGAGGGUAACUUGGAUUGGGUCUUCAACAACACGCCGGUCUUCUUCGUUCGCGACCCAAUUAAGUUCCCUUCCUUGAACCGUUCGCACAAGAGACACCCUACGACUCAUCUUCCCGAUGCAAACAUGUUCUGGGACUUCCACGUCGGCAACCCCGAAGGUAUCCAUGAGCUUCUUCACCUCUUCAGUGACCGCGGAACACCCAAGUCUAUCCGCAACAUGAAUGCCUACAGUGGACAUACCUACAAGUUUACUAAGGAGGACGGAUCAUUUAAAUAUAUCAAGAUCCACAUCAAGAGCGCCGAGGGUGUUAAAAACAUGUCCAGCGCGGAAGCCGUCAAGAUUGCCGGCGAAGACCCCGAUUACCUUAUUCGGGAUAUGCAUGACGCUAUCGCGAAGGGCAACUACCCCGUGUGGAACGUCUAUGUCCAGGUUAUGGAUCCAGCCGACGCGGAGAACUACCGCUGGAACAUCUUUGACAUGACCAAAGUUUGGCCUCACAAAGACUACCCGCUGAGACAAAUUGGAAAGUUGACUAUGAACCGCAAUCCCAAGAACUACUUCACCGAUAUUGAGCAGGCGGCCUUCUCCCCGUCCACCAUGGUGCCCGGUAUUGCACCAUCGGCUGAUCCAAUGCUCCAAGCCCGUAUGUUCGCUUACCCCGAUGCGGCCCGGUACCGUCUCGGAGUGAACUACCAGCAGCUCCCGACCAAUGCAGCCAAGUCACCCGUCUACUGCCCUUACCAGAGAGAUGGCGCCAUGCGCUUUGACGACAACUAUGGCGGUGAUCCCAACUACGUUGGCUCGUCCCUGCAGCCCACCAAGUUCUACCAAGAGGUGAAGAACUCGGGAGCCGCCCGACUGAGCGGACUGACCGAACACGAGAAAUGGGUGGGAGAAGUGACCAACUUCCAGAGCCAUAUCACGGAUGAUGACUUCGUCCAACCCGCUGCUCUCUGGGAAGUCCUCGGCAGGGAGCCCGGUCACCAGGACAGAACGAUUGCGAACCUUGCAGGCCAUAUUAAGGGUGUUCAAUCUCCCCAGCUGCGCAAUGCGGUCUAUGGACUCUUUGCGAAAGUUAACGCAGACCUUGGUGCGCGUCUCAAGAAGGCAACCGAGGCCGCGGUGUCUGCGUAAUUGCAGCCACCAUGCUGUGGCAAGGGAGGAUUACUAUUUCAUGAAUGUUAAUGGUACUUAUGACGAGUUUGAUGUGUUUCUUAAAACCGGCGCUACAAACUUGACGAGUAUGUCAUUUAAUUGAGUCAAGAGUAAUGACGAAUUGAACGUACCUGCAAGCUUCGGAUAAGAAACUUGAUCUAUAGUGAGA